CAAUUAUCCAAUCUUUUAGUAUCAUUUGAUUUCUCAGUGAAAUAUGUUAAUAACUAUAAAAUUUUCAAUAAAUUAAUUAAAUUUCUUCAAAUUUUGCAUAAGAAUAUCAAACCAAAGUCAAAGAUUAGUCUAGAGGAAAUAAAUUCAGUUAAAAAUAAUUUAAAAAAUAUCAGUUCAAUUCAAGAAAAGAUUCCAAAAUUUAACUAUGAUGAAAUCACUAAAUAUGAAAAUUUUCCUCAGAUAAAAUCAUUAAUAGUUGACUUGAUAACAAUGUUAAUUGUUGAUAAUUUUGAUAACCAAGAAGCACUAAGAAAUGAGCACGGUUUAGAGAUAUUAUUGGAAAAUUGCAUAAUUGAUGAAUAUAAUCCGUUUAUUAAAGAAAGAGUUAUAAUUUGUUUAAAAGUGUCGUUAAAAGACAACCAAAAAAACCAAAAUUUUAUAAGAAAAAUUGAAAAAAUAGCUAACUGAUUAGCUAAAAUAAAUAAACGAGUAAAUGAAUAAUUAAUUGAU